AUUUUAUUGGCCUGUCGGGAUCUGGAGCAGCGAGUGGAUUCGCAGUGGGCGCAUGGGAAUUGAACGCCUUGUUGCUUCUGCAGCUCCUCGGAUGGGUAUUUAUACCAGUCUAUAUACGUUCUGGAGUAUACACUAUGCCUGAGUACUUAUCAAAAAGAUAUGGAGGACAUAGAAUCCAAGUGUAUUUUGCAGUUCUGUCCUUGAUUUUGUACAUCUUCACCAAACUGUCUGUAGACUUGUAUUCGGGGGCACUGUUCAUCCAAGAAUCUUUGGGAUGGAACCUAUAUUUGUCGGUAAUUUUACUCAUUGGAAUGACUGCUCUCCUCACCGUGACGGGUGGAUUAGUGGCGGUCAUUUAUACAGACACUCUCCAAGCUUUCCUCAUGAUUAUAGGGGCUCUGACUUUGACCAUUAUAAGCUUUAAAGAAAUCGGUGGAUUUGAGGAAGUGAAAAGAAAAUAUAUGCUUGCAACGCCCAACAUCACUUCUAUUUUGCUGACUUAUAACUUUACCAAUACUAACUCAUGCCAUGUCACACCGAAGCCGGACUCUCUCAAAAUGCUCAGGGAACCAAACGACGAGGAUGUUCCUUGGCCUGGAUUUAUCCUGGGCCAAACUCCGGCCUCGGUGUGGUACUGGUGUGCAGACCAAGUCAUCGUGCAGAGGGUUUUGGCAGCAAAAAAUAUAUCCCAUGCCAAAGGUUCGACUCUCAUGGCCGGCUUUUUGAAAAUCUUGCCAAUGUUUUUGAUUGUCAUCCCGGGAAUGAUAUCGAGAAUAAUGUUCGUGGAUGACAUUGCUUGCAUAAACCCCGAGCACUGCAUGGAGGUGUGUGGGAGCAGAGCAGGGUGUUCAAAUAUUGCCUAUCCCCGGUUGGUCAUGAAGGUCCUUCCAGUUGGUUUGCGUGGACUCAUGAUGGCUGUAAUGAUUGCAGCUCUCAUGAGUGAUCUAGACUCUAUAUUUAACAGCGCAAGUACCAUCUUCACUCUCGACAUCUACAAAUUUACCCGGAAAACCGCAACAUCUCGAGAGCUCAUGCUGGUCGGGAGGGUAUUUGUAGCUUUUAUGGUGGUCAUCAGCAUUGCCUGGGUCCCCAUCAUUGUGGAAAUGCAGGGAGGCCAAAUGUACCUGUACAUUCAAGAGGUGGCAGACUACCUGACUCCUCCUGUUGCGGCUUUGUUCCUGCUGGGCAUAUUUUGGAAGCGAUGCAAUGAACAAGGAGCCUUUUAUGGUGGGAUGGUGGGUUUUGUGUUGGGAUUCACCCGCCUUAUUCUAGCCUUUGUUUACCGUGUCCCUGAAUGCAAUCUGCCAGAUAACAGACCCAGCUUCAUAAAAAACAUCCACUACAUGUACAUCGCCACUGCUUUGUUCUGGAUCACCGGCAUCAUUGCGGUCGUUGUCAGCCUUUUGACUCCACCACCGACUAAAGAGCAGAUCAGGACCACCACAUACUGGGCACUAUCGAACAAGACCGAAAAAGAAAAGGCCAGCAAGGAGGAUUCCUAUAAAGAACAUGACAAAAACGCCACGCCAUGCGCCGAUGAUAACCUGAAACAAGUACUUCCAAAUGGGAAGUCCGAGGAUCAUAUUAAGACUAUCCAAACUGAGGAUGUUAAUCUCCUAAUGACUUACAAAGAUGACUGUAACCCUGUUAGUUCAUUAAGUGUCUCUGAAGCCGAGACACCGGUGGAUUGUUACUCUAAUGGGCAAGCGGCUCUUAUGGGGCAACGUCCUCCAGAACUAAAUAAGGAAGACCAGAGAAAAUGCUCAAAGUUUUUAGACUGGUUCUGUGGCUAUAAAAGCACCACCGGCAGCAAAAAAACCAUGAAGGAAGAGGAGAAGGAGGAUGAAGCCGCUUGUUUAAAAAUGCUGGAAGAGAAACCUGCAGUCAGACGUGUUCUCAACACUGGACUGGUCUGUGUGUGCUCAUUAGGCCUGUUCAUGUUUAUUUACUUCUCUUUGUAAGUUAGGUGACUUGCCUUCAGCAGCUCAAGGCUGGACAGCCGGGACUAAUAUGAACGCAAAACCUUUGUAGUAAUGAACAAAAUGUGGAGCUGCUCCGUAUUCCGAGGUGGUGGUGGUUGUUGUUGUUGUUGUUUACUCAAAAAAGGCCUUUUAUCAGCUCGUUAGUGACCACAUUGAGCACUUAUAUAUGUGAAAUCCCUUAAGGAUCUUGUCCAAUGCUUAUUUCUACCAAAUAUGUAAUUUAUUAUUUAAAAGGAAAGUUUACAGGCAAGCAGAAAAAAAUUAAGAGCAGGCUGCUGUACGUGGUCCAAAGGAGGAGAGACUUGGCGCACCAAACUGUAGCGGAGAUUAUAUAUAUAUAUAUAUAUAUAUAUAUAUAUAUAUAUAUAUAUAUAUAUAUAUAUAUAUACACACACGUGUGUGUACUUUAACGCAAGCUACACGGACUUUGCCUUAGUAUUUAAUCCCAAACAGACUGGUUUUCCCAGCUUAUUUGUAUAUUUUAUAACCUCAUUUUUUGUUUUUUGAAAGUACUGGUCUUACUAUAUAGGCAACUUUUAUUUGUUUUAAUAUUUGUGUGUGUGUGUAUGUUUAUUUUUUUUCUUUUAUUGAAGAGCAAAUCACAUACUUGUCAUUAUUAUUUUCUGUUGUACGGCUCUAUGUUCCAGUCCUCCAGAGAAUCAUUGCAUUUGGCCGGUAUUAUUUCUAAUGUGCCUUUAUUAAAUUAUGUCAAGUGUU